AUGGACAGCUCCGACCCAAGCCCCUUUUCUCGUUCCAGGUCAAAGACGGUUCAGUCAGUUGCAAUAACGGAGAGCGUGGACCCAGAUGCCCUCCCUAUACCGUUGUCUGGAGCCGACGAGGGUCAAGAUGUCGGCCCCGACGUGUUUGAAAAGACCAGCACCCCCGACUUGGACGAUAGUCAGCAGGGCGAGGAAGUCUCGGUACUGUCACGGCAUGCUCAGGAACAAGAGGAAGAGUUGCCUAUUGAGCUGAUCAGUCUGACUGACCGAUUUGUCAAGUCCCUCGGUGCUAAAGUACACUCCUCACCGCCAACCAUCGAAAAGAUAUCCAAUCGCUUCCAAGAAUUCUAUGUACGAGCGGAAUCGCACAUCGCUACGCAUAUUUCUGCUUUAGCCUCGCGGAUAAACCGCGAUCCUUCACCGUAUCGUCCCUUACAAUCAAAAUCCAAGAAUGAUCCAGAGAAUAGCACCCCCAGCCGACAAAUGCUUACAGCAUCCGAGGUUACAGAGAAGAGGCUAGCGCGAAAACAACUGGCGUCAAAGCGCGUGGCUUUGGAAGAAGCGGUGGAGCGCAGAGCGUGCGAGAGUAUCUAUGAUAAGAUAUGGCGGCACAAAAGCACGCUUGACGAAGUCAGAGAUGAAAAGUUGCGCUCGAAAACAGCAGCUCUGCUUUUGGUUGGGAUCAAUCUGAAGGAUCUCGGAAUCGAAAUUGAUCUGGAUGCGAUCGACGAGGAAAAACGGAAAGCAGCGGAUGAAUGUCUCUCUGUUGCACGGGACUGUCUUGCCAACAUGGAUAAAGAGAAAUAUCCUCUUGGAAAGCUUCAACACCUUGCUGCUGCUCACAAGGCGAUAGUUGAUGCGUUGACAAAGCUAUUCCCCUCAUCUUCCUCUGCCGAUGAGAUCUUACCAACCUUGAUCUACUCUCUUAUCACAUGUCCCCCGGAAGGCAUCAAUAUCAUCAGCAAUCUACUUUUCAUACAGCGGUUCCGGUCGUCGAGUAAAAUCGAUGGGGAAACCGCAUACUGCUUGACUAAUCUGGAGGCAGCAAUCAGCUUCUUGGAAAACGUUGAUCUCUCUGAGCUUCGUGCGGAUGAACUCCAAGAAGGGCAACUUAAAAGCGCUGGCGACGACACAAUUGGCUCUGUCGAGAAGCCCGAAUCUCUUCAACCGCCCAAAGAGCUGCCCGUUUCAUCAGUCACGCCGACAGAAUCCUCUGCAGCGGAGAUUUCCAUGCCAACCGGAAAAGAUGCUGCAUCCGAGACAUUGCCUAGGACUCAACUAUCCAGCACGCCUCAGCAGCGAUUGAACAGCCUGUUUCAGCCUCCAUCAAAAGUGCUUGGUGCUGCUAACGAUGCUGUGCGUAACACCGCGGACCAAGGACUCAAAAACAUCGGCGCGACAUUGGAUAGCAGUUUCAAUUUCCUCUUUGGCCGUCUCAAGGAAUUACAGUCUGGCCAGUUGCCUGGCAGUGAAGGGGUCAGCGGUCAAAGAACCCCUCGUGACCGAAGUGUGGACAGUGCCAGGACUCAAAGCAGCUCCAGAAAAUCCGUGAAAGACGAGCCGGUCGCUGGUUUACCCCAGGGUACCCCAGCUGGCUCUUCAUCCUUUGUUCCUGCACCAUUAGAAUCGAUGCGGAACUUUGGAAAUACCCUCAACCCGCUGAACCAUAUUCCAGGAAUGAUCCGGAACUUCGGGCGUGGGACGCCUGACACUCCCGGAGGGACCCCAUCGCCUUCUUCGGAGAGGAAAGCAUCCUUCACUUCGAGAGAGGUUCCGUCAAACGUGCUGUCUUCAUCCCAAAUUAAUCCUCCUAUCCAACGCUUCCUCCAGAUGCAGGAUGCCAAUGACCUCACUCUCCGUGAUGUGUCCCUCUUACUUGAAGACUACAAGCGGAUUUCGGCUGCCUUGCUCAAGCAACCCUUCCUUCGGAAAUGA